AUGCAUGUCUUCCCGCAUGAAUCCAUCGACUUGGUGGCUGGCGAUUCUAAGCCCCCUUCUAGAAGCAUGUCACUCACCGAGGACCGCCUCUCACUUGAUCAAACGUUCAAGUUGGUGGAGAAACCCCAGCACUUGCAGUUGUUUCCUCGCUUCGCGCCGUAUGGCCAAGACAACUCUAUCCCAUCUUCACCCUACGCGGAAAUGGCCCGGGGGCUGAUGGAGCUUUACGACGUUCGACAUGCCCGCUCAUUUGAGGCUCCCCAUGGCCAAGGCCGUCUUACGGAGGUCGAAGCCUUGUGCUGGUGGGUUGCCAUGACCCCAUUCUACCGCCUGCUCGUGUAUCUGUGCCGCUUGACGUCUCGCUGCCACCUUUAUUCCUUCCAGCUCCAAGGCGGUGAAACUUGA